UUUAGCGCCCAAGAUGGCAGCGGUGGCGCUGCUUCGGGGCGCGGCUGCGGGGCGCAGAAGCCCGGCUUGGCACUGGCGGCUGAGCGGGACCGCGAGUCGCUGCCUAACCCGUGGCGCCGGCCUUCUUGGCAGCAGCCCCACGGACCGUGUGGCCUGGACUUGCUUCCGGCUGGACGGGCGCGCCUUAGUGCGCGUGCGCGGCCCGGACGCUGCACCCUUCCUGUUGGGACUAUCGACCAAUGAGCUGCCGCUUUCGGGGCCUCCGACCGGCGCGGCUCAGCCCUCCGCGCGUGCGGCGUAUGCCCAUUUCCUGAAUGUGCAGGGACGCACGCUCUAUGACGUCAUCCUGUAUGGACUCCUGGAGUGUAAAGAGGAGGCACCAAGCUUUCUCCUGGAGUGUGACAGCUCUGUGCUGGGUGCUUUACAGAAGCACCUCUCCAUGUACAAGAUCCGGCGGAAGGUCACCGUGGAGCCCUGUCCGGAGCUCCACGUGUGGGCUGUGCUACCCUGUGUCCCCCAAACCUCUGAGGCUGCACCUCUAGAAGAGAGGGUAGAAGGAACCACCAUGCUUAUCCGUGACCCCCGGACUGCACGUAUGGGGUGGCGGCUUCUCACCCAGGAUGAUGGCCCAGCCCUGGUGCCCAGGGGACAGCUUGGGGACCUCCAAGAUUAUCACAAGUACCGGUACCAGCAAGGCAUCCCCGAGGGCAUCUGUGAUCUUCCCCCAGGGAUGGCCCUACCCCUGGAGUCCAACCUGGUCUUCAUGAAUGGCGUGAGCUUCACCAAGGGCUGCUACAUUGGGCAGGAGCUGACGGCACGGACCCACCACACAGGUGUCAUUCGCAAGCGCCUCUUCCCCGUGAAGCUUGAAGGCCCCCUGCCUGCCAGUGGCAUCAGCCCUGGUGCCGUAGUGACAGUGACUGCCACAGGCCAGGCAGCGGGCAAGUUCAGGGCUGGCCAGGGACACGUGGGACUGGCUUUGCUGCGGUCAGAGACAAUCAAGGGUCCUCUCCACAUCAAGACCCCCGAGAGCCAACUGGUGGCUGUGACUGCCGUGGUGCCGGACUGGUGGCCCACAGCUGCCAAGUAGCUGGAUGCUCAGGAGCUCCACUGGCCUUAGAGUUCCCAGAUGCCUUUGAGCCUCUGCCCAGGGUCUUCUACUCUCUGUGCUGCGGCUUUAGGGUAUGAGUUCCUCCUCCUGUGGUGGCCUUCUGGAACACAUCCUCUAGGAAAGUUCCAUGUGUUCCAGGCUACAGAUUGGCUGAUGCUUCCUACAGAGAGCUUACUCUCGUGGGCUGUCAGAAGUCUGCCUGAGAGCAGAGUGACCACCUGGUGCUGGGAGAGAGAACAAGAUUUGAGACAGUCCGUAUGCCAGGUCUAUAGGCCUACGUUGACAUCGGCCUGUGUCAGGCACCAGGUCCCUAACCCUGUUUCCCCUUGGAGGAAGGGACUCUGUGCCUGCAGAGUUUCUGGGCCAGACUUCGUGUUCUCUUGAAACUCAGCUCAGGGCAGAGAUUGUA